GUUUUUAUUUGAAAACCAGACUCCAGCCCAUGUAUAUUAUAGAUGGAAGCUCUAUUCAAUUCUUCAGGGAGAUGCUCCAACCAAGUGGAGGACAGAAGAUUUUCGUAUGUUCAAAAAUGGAUCAUUUUGGAGGCCACCACCAUUGAAUCCAUAUUUGCACGGGAUGUCAGAAGAGCAAGAAACAGAAGCGUUUGUGGAGGAAACAAACAAGAAGGGUGCACUUAAGGAAGAACAGAGAGACAAAUUAGAGGAAAUUCUGCGUGGAUUAACACCUCGGAAGAAUGAUAUUGGUGAUGCAAUGGUUUUCUGUCUAAAUAAUGCAGAAGCUGCUGAAGAAAUUGUAGACUGCAUUACAGAAUCAUUGUCCAUUCUGAAGACUCCUCUUCCUAAGAAGAUUGCAAGAUUAUAUCUAGUAUCGGAUGUGUUAUACAACUCUUCAGCUAAAGUUGCCAAUGCUUCCUACUAUAGAAAAUUUUUUGAAACAAAAUUAUGUCAGAUAUUCUCUGAUCUCAAUGCUACUUACCGUACAAUACAAGGCCAUUUACAGUCUGAAAAUUUCAAGCAACGGGUAAUGACGUGCUUCCGAGCAUGGGAAGACUGGGCGAUCUAUCCAGAACCAUUUCUGAUCAAACUACAGAAUAUUUUCUUGGGGCUUGUAAAUAUCAUGGAAGAUAAAGAAACAGAGGAAGUACCAGAUGAUCUUGAUGGUGCUCCCAUUGAGGAAGAGCUUGAUGGUGCUCCACUAGAAGAUGUGGAUGGAAUUCCUAUUGAUGCUGCUCCUAUUGAUGAUCUGGAUGGAGUCCCAAUUAAAUCACUGGAUGACGAUCUUGAUGGAGUUCCGUUGGAUACUGCUGAAGACUCAAAAAAGAAUGAGCCUAUAUUUAAAGUUGCCCCUUCGAAGUGGGAAGCAGUGGAUGAAUCGGAACUGGAAGCUCAAGCUGUUACUACUUCUAAGUGGGAGCUUUUUGACCAACAUGAAGAAUCUGAGGAGGAAGAAAUUCAAAAUCAAGAAGAAGAAAGUGAAGAUGAGGAAGAUACUCAGAGUUCUAAGUCAGAAGAGCAGCACAUGUAUUCCAAUCCUAUAAAAGAAGAAAUGCCUGAAUCCAAGUCAUCAGUCAAAUAUUCAGAAAUGAGUGAAGAAAAGCGUGCCAAACUCCGAGAGAUAGAGCUUAAGGUGAUGAAGUUUCAGGAUGAGUUAGAGUCUGGGAAAAGACCCAAGAAACCAGGCCAGAGUUUUCAGGAACAGGUUGAACACUAUAGAGACAAGCUGCUCCAGAGGGAAAAAGAGAAAGAGAUGGAAAGAGAACGGGACAGAGACAAAAAGGACAAGGAAAAAUCUGAAUCCAGGUCGAAAGAUAAGAAGGAAAAGGAGGAAUGUACACCAACAAGAAAAGAGAGGAAAAGACGACACAGUGCUUCACCUAGCCCAUCGCGCAGCAGUGGUAGUAGACGAGCAAAAUCUCCGUCACCAAAAUCGGAACGCUCAGAGCGCUCUGAACGGUCCCACAAAGAGAGUUCACGUUCUCGGUCAUCACAUAAAGAUUCUCCCAGAGAUGUCAGUAAAAAAGCCAAAAGGUCACCAUCUGGCUCCAGGACACCCAAAAGAUCAAGAAGAUCACGAUCCAGAUCCCCUAAAAAGUCAGGGAAAAAAUCCAGGUCUCAGUCCCGUUCUCCUCACAGAUCUCACAAGAAGUCAAAGAAGAGCAAACACUGACAAUGUUAAUAUUUUUUAUGAUGCUGUCACUUACUGGAAAUGCGGUUUUGUUUUUGUGCCUGAACAGUCUGUUAAAAAAACAAAAAAGCAUUCCUGAUUUUUUUUUUUUGUGAAUGCACGUGUAUACUCAUGAGUAUCGGCAUCUGUAGACCUAUCAUUGUUUUAUAUUGUACAAAAUAUCUUCAUUGUGACUAUUUCCCAAAAGAAACAUUUUUGUGUUUAGAAGUUUCAUCAGAAAUGUGUGUAACUGAUCUGCUGGCAGUAGUGAUAUUUUGUUUUAGAAUGUUGUGACAUAGCAGAAAUAACUCAAAUGUUCCCCCUUUUUGUAGCUUUGACAAUUUGAAUUAGAUUUCAAAUAAAAUCUGAACAGAAAAUUAAGA